UUUCUCUACAUUUCUGAUAAGAAGUGAAAAAGGAAGCGCCCUGAGCCUUUGUUUUACGACACAGACGAUUGGCAGUGGGUAAUAAAAAUGGCAGACCAAGGCAUCCAAAGCAAAGGAAUCAGUAAGUCAGAAGAAACAAAAUCAUCUGCCACAGGAGGUGAAACUGUAGACAAUAUCGAUGUUGUUGUCUCAGCAGAAGGCGGGAGUCUAGAUGCAAAUGAAGAACAUACACUGUCAGUCUCAGCUGGUGAACGAAAAGGCGGAAUCAGUUCGUCAGAAACAAAAACACCUGCCACAGGAGGUGAAACUGUAGACAAUAUUGAUGUCGUUGUCUCAGGAGAGAGCGGGAGUCAAAAUACAAAUGAAGAACAUACAGGCCCAGUGGUUGAGCAAAAAAGCGAAUCAACAGUUUUGGUUGUGCUUGGUGUUGUAGUUUUGGCUGUUGUGGUGUCUAUAAUGGUGGUCAAUUGGGCAAAGCUGAUUUAUAAGAAAUGCUAUUCCGAUAGGAUGGUCUUAUCUGUUUUAAUAAUAUUCAAUAUUAUCGGUGUCAUUUUCGUAGCUAUACUUUUAUAUCUACGAGCAAAACACGGUGGGUUUGGAAAUCGGAGAAAUAGACGAAAACUCACAUUUCUGAAAAUUAAACUGUUUUCAAUGUACAUUUUUGGAAUAUGUUACUUAUUUCAUUGUGGACUAUACCUAUGGAAACAUUUUUCUUUUUUGUCUAUGGACGAGUGUUAUGUUAACAGUGUUCUAGGCAUAUUGUAUAAUUUUAUAACCAUGAUGUACACAUUACUAUUGUUCAUAUAUUUUGCCAAUUUUUACGACAGAGCUGUUGAAAACACAUUUGCCGAAAAUUUUAUGUCCCUAGGAAUUCUCGUAUCCAAUGCAUGUAUUUGGUUAGAUACAAUAUUUUCGGAGUCAAAUUUCUUAUUUAAAUCUGAAGACGAUGACGAUCAUUUACAAAUUCUAAACGUUACUCAACCUACGUUUGAAGCACUUAAGAUUAUCGAGAAAGCAGAUCCGUUUUUAAUUCCCGCUAUGAUAGAAUUUUCAUUAAUGGCAGUUGAUUUGCUAUUUACCAAAAGAAACUCGUCUGUAAAUUAUUUUGAGUCGAGUUACUUAGCAGCAGACGAUUUGUUACGUAAACAAACUCAAAAUACGGCCAAUACUCCUCCAGUUACAGGUUUAAAAUCACAGGAAAGCGACAAUAUUUCUGUUAAGUUACCAUGUAACUACAGCAAAAAACAAAGGUUACUUGAAAAAUGUGAAAACCCCAUGAGAAUCGUCUGUUUGUUCAUCUUUUUUAUUUUUGCAUUUAGUUUGUUCGCAUUUACAUUAACUGUAGUAAUGAUAAACAACAAAUCGGAAGAGUUAUUGGGCCACCCUGAAGAUUUCACUGUUUAUGCUACUAUGCAAUUGAUUAUGAAGAGCACAAUGCUUUUGUUAAUAUCAAUAUGUAUCUUAGUUGAGUGGCCUAGCUUCACUUUUCAUUUAAACGUAUCAGCAUUUGUAUUGGUUUUUACAUGUUUUGGCAAUGUUGUCUACCACGUUAUGUACUGUUUUGCACUAGAUUCUGAAGGUCACAAGAACCAAAGUCAUACCAUACAUGUCUCUUGGGCCGAAAAUAUUAUUAGUAUAGUAUUAGCUGGAUUUCAAACUAUGUUUAUAUUAGGGACCCACUCCCCUAAAAAUUACCAGAACCGCCGCCGUUACUGUAUGAAAUUUUGCAAAACUUUGCACCAACGUUUCGUGUUUUAUUUUUGUUGCUUAUUAGGGGUGCUAAAUCUUGGGUUAUGGAUAAGCGAUAGCAUCGGAGAGGAGAGGCUGCCUGUAUUUAGUAUUGCAAUAUAUAAGGCAUAUGACGCAGAUGUUUGGUCUGUUAUCAACAAAAUAAUUUUACCUCUUACGAUUUUUUUUCGUUUUCAUACUGGCGUCGAUUUUUUAGAAUAUUUUUGGCACCAGAAAAAAUACCGUACUUAGACAGAACAAAAAUACACUUGAUAGUUAAACUAAAAUUAUCAGUGUAGACAACAUACAUUUAACACCCAUUGCAACAACAUAAGGGUCUAGAUCUUGUCAUCUGUUUUAUGUAAGUAAAAAUAAUGAUAUCCCCUCUUUAUACAUGUAUUUAUAAUGCUUGCGCAGUGCUAGAAGAUGCAAAUAUGACAACCACAAAAACCCGUUCUGGUCUACUAUUUUAUUUCUAAAUCAAUAGUUAGUUUUCGAUCCGUUUUUCUGCAGGUCAUCAUAUUCGUAAUAUCUUCAUAAAGGAGUGCUUAGCGAUAUGAUUGGGGUUAUGGUUUGAAUCGUUUGUCUAAUAUUGUAACAAUCUAUACUACUACAUGUAUAUUAAAACAAGUUCCUGUCCUUUAAAAAAGGACUACAAUACGUGGACCCUUUGCAUGUGUUUCCAACGAAAACGUGAAAGCCUUAAGAUUAUCAGAGAUUCCAUGCAACGACUCUAACCCUCUGCUUUUAACCACUAAAUUUGUACGUUGUAUUACGUAUAUAUGUACAUGUAUGUAUAGCCCUGUACUUUUUAUCUCAGAAUUUAAAGGGUUUAUACUUCUUAAAUAAUUAUGAUCUAUCUAUGAAUGAAGUUUGCAUGUAGAGUAUCAGACAUUCGGUGAAUUCUACUAUUUGCGCACACAUUACGAUUCGCACUGCUUUGUUAACUAUGCAGUGACAGCUUUGUGUAAAUUAAAAAUUUCAUAUCUUGAUGUAUUUUUCUUGAGAUUUAUACUUUUAUACAGUGACAUAAUUAUUCAAUCAUACUUAAAUGCUAAAAAAUUUAAUCGGGAAGUUCUCCAGCCUCGCCUACUAUAAAAGUAAAGUUAAGUUACAUGUGUAUUCGGAAAACAAAACAUUGCAAAUUAUGCUAUUUGAUGCAUGUUGUAGUUUCGGCAUAACAUUAACUUAUUUCAUAAUACUGAUAGUUCAUAUCACAUGCCAAUCAUUUAAAAGGAAUACUUUGUUUCUGUACUGUUUACCGACAACUUUACAAUUACAGCGCCUUUGAACUUCAUAUGGCACGGAAUCCCGAUCCCGAUUCAGAUAAACGUGUGUUAGCCUGGUUCCCUGAGCUACCCAUUACGCACAGGAACCAGGCUAGCUGAUGCACAGGCUGAAAUUUCCCCAUAGCAUCCGGUUUAACCUCGCUUAUAUAUUUUCUGCGUGGACCUCAGGGUCCACGCAAUAAUAGACUUUAAUUUUUAGGAUUUAAUACCGAUAAAUCGGAAGAGUACUGUCUUUUGUUUUAUAUAAUUUAAACAUCAUUGGUACUAGAAGAUUACCAAUUUGUUUUUAUUUUUCCUCAAUCAAGCUUCGCUUAUUAAUAAUCAACGAAAAUUCCGGAAAUCAUCUGAAUGUUUUGGAUUUUACAAUCUUGCGCAUGCGCAUUACAUUCACGCUAAAUCACGGGAGGCUCUUUCUUUUAUGUUUCCACAAUAUCACAUUUGCAUGGAUAACCUUAGAAACGAUAAAACAAAUGCGUGUAAAUUUUCAUUGGAAAUUUUUUUCUGUUCAUCAAAGAAAUUACGGGAGUUAACUCUAACACCGUGCAUUAAUUUUACUAUAAAAAUCCCGAGAGAUUUCAAUGUCAACAUGGUGUGUAAAAAACGUUAUUGAAAAAAUGUUCAAUUAUAGAAUUAAUCUUUUCGAAGAAAGGUAUUUACAGUUUCAAAAUGGUUUGUUAUGAACAAUUUGACUGCUAUUUUCAAUGCAACUUUAUUAACUUUCUCUAAAAUCGUUUUGGAGCGAUUCUGCAAUUUUCUGCUACAUUAUGGGUAUAUGGGAGGCAUUUAAACUGUGGUGAAGGUCUUUCCCGAGACAGAUUAUUCCAACUCAGCAGAGUGUAGUGAAAUUAAUUGUAGGUUUAUAGCUUGGUUAUGCAAAUGUCAACACUAAACGGUGUGUCGAUGUAUCUACUUCGUAAAUGUCCGAUAUGCAAUGUCAACCCGUGCACGCACGGGUCAAAGUUUAGUAUAUUAGAAUAAUUGGUGAUUAUGACCACAUGUUCAUUACUUUUAAACACAUGUACGUAGUUUUUUAAGAUUUGUUACAGGGUUAUCAAUAAACAGUACAGAGUUGUUUUGCAGGCGCAUUUUAGACCAGUAUUUUUCAUCAAUAAGUGUAUAAUUUUUAUUUAUAAGAAACAUGUAUUACGAAAUACACUCACAUCAUAAUAUAAUUAAUUUUUAUUAAUAAAAAGGAA